AUGGAUUCCUUUAAAGGUGGAAUGAAUUUGGAGAGACUGCCUGAGAGCUUGAGACCCCAACCCUCCCAUGACAUGGCUUCCAGCUUCCAUUUGCAAAGAUCCUCGGAACCCAGAGACCCGAUCGACAACUCAGCCAGUGAAUCCUCCGACACGGAGGUGCCAGAAAAAGAGCGUAGCGGCGAGCAGAAAAACGAGGACGCGGCCGCCGACGACCCGGCGAAGAAGAAGAAGCAGCGGCGGCAGCGGACCCACUUCACCAGCCAGCAGCUGCAGGAGCUGGAGGCCACCUUCCAGAGGAACCGCUACCCCGACAUGAGCAUGCGGGAGGAAAUCGCCGUCUGGACCAACCUCACCGAGCCCCGAGUCCGGGUUUGGUUCAAGAACCGCCGAGCCAAGUGGAGAAAGCGGGAGCGGAACCAGCAGAUGGACCUGUGCAAGAACGGCUACGUGCCCCAGUUCAGCGGGCUGAUGCAGCCCUACGACGACAUGUACGCCGGCUACCCCUACAACAACUGGGCCACCAAAAGCCUCACCCCGGCGCCGCUCUCCACCAAGAGCUUCACCUUCUUCAACUCCAUGAGCCCCCUGUCCUCGCAGUCCAUGUUCUCGGCGCCCAGCAGCAUCCCCUCCAUGAACAUGCCCUCCAGUAUGGGCCACUCGGGCGUGCCGGGCAUGGCCAACUCCGGCCUCAACAACAUCAACAACAUCAGCGGCUCCUCGCUCAACUCGGCCAUGUCCUCGCCGGCCUGUCCCUACGGGCCACCGGGCUCGCCCUACAGCGUCUACCGGGACACUUGCAACUCCAGCUUAGCCAGCCUCAGACUGAAAUCAAAGCAGCACUCCAGUUUCGGCUACAGCAGUUUGCAAAGCCCCGGCUCUAGUUUAAACGCCUGUCAGUACAACAGUUGACGGACUUGACACAAACCACCUCCGACAAAACACCGCCGACAAAGUGAAGCAGAAGCAAAGCGACGUUUAAUGGAAAAGAAAAAAAAAAUUAAACCCCAUGAUGAUUAAAAGCAAAACCCAAGCAAGUGAGAGUGGGGAAAAAAAAUAAAAUAAAAUAAAA